AUGUCUUCAGACUGGUUUAAAAGGCGCUUCUUGAGCAGCAGGAGCGGCGCAGGGCGAGACGCGGCCCGAGAGCCGGAGUGGCAGGAGCGUGAAGAAGGGCAGCGGCGGCGGCUGCAGCAACAGCAACAGCAACAGCAGCAGCUCCCUCCGCUGCCGUACAGGCGGCCCAAGUUCCUGCGUGGAGCUGGUUGCAGCGAGGAGGGGCCGUGUGGCAAGAGACCCGUCCGCUCUCCGUCCCGAGACAGGCCGCUGCAGUGGAACACGGGCUAUGCCGAAACUAUCAAUGCACAAAAAUCAGAGUUCAAUGAAGACCAAGCAACAUGCUGUCAGAUUUCCAUCAGGAAGAAGAACUAUGGCAAAGAGGACGAUCAGGAAUGGCUGAUUCUCUGCUCCACUGAAUAUCUGGCUGGCUAUUACUGGGCACUGUUUGAUGGCCAUGGUGGCCCAGAAGCGGCAAUUAUGGCUUCCAACUACCUGCACUAUUGUAUCAAGCAGAAACUAGAAGAAGUGGUGGGGGGCAUAACUGAAGACCAUCCACCAAUGCACCUCAAUGGACAGUGUGUUUGCCAAAGCGACCCACAGUUCGUGGAAGAAAAGCAAAUCCGGCAGGAAGAUGUUGUCAUUGGAGCAUUGGAGCAAGCCUUCCAGGAAUGUGAUGAGAUUAUUGGUCAGGAAAUGGAAGCUGCCAGCCAGUCAGGAGGCUGCACAGCCCUGGCUGCCCUUUAUCUUCAGGGAAAGCUUUAUGUGGCAAAUGCAGGUGACAGCAGGGCACUCCUUGUUAGAAAACACGGCAUCAUUCCUUUGAGUACUGAAUUUACACCUGAGACAGAGAGGCAAAGAAUCCAGCAUCUGGCUUUCAUGUACCCAGAGCUAUUAGCUGAUGAAUUCACCCGGUUUGAGUUUCCAAGGAGACUGAAGGGAGAUGAUGUGGGUCAGAAAGUCUUGUACCGGGAUUUCUCUAUGCAAGGCUGGGGAUACAAGACAAUAGAGAAAGAUGACCUCAAGUAUCCUCUUAUCCAUGGACAUGGAAAACAGGCUCGGUUGCUUGGCACCCUGGCUGUGUCACGAGGCCUGGGAGAUCAUCAGUUGAAAGUCAUCGAAACAGAUGUUGAAGUGAAGCCUUUCCUCUCCUGUAUUCCCAAGGUGGAAAUGUUUGACUUGACUGCACAAAAUGUUAAGGAAGAUGAUGUCCUCAUUAUGGCAACUGAUGGACUUUGGGAUGUUCUGUCCAAUGAAGAUGUGGCCCAAAUGGUCAGGAGUUUUCUUGAAGACAACAGAACUGACCACUACAGGUUUUCAGAACUGGCCAAGUGUCUAGUGUGGAAAGCAAGGGGAAGGAAAGAUGGAUACUACUGGACUCUGUUGAACAACACCUCUGCUUCCUAUGAUGAUAUUUCGGUAUUUGUAAUUCCACUUCAUAACAGGGAUGAAAACUAG